AUGGGUUCAGCAUACACUAUAUUGGGCAGACAGGUCCCAGCACACGUUUUGUCCAUUCUCACAUUAGGUUCAGUUGUUGCUGGUGUUACCGUUCCCAAAUUGUUGGGUAACAAGGACGUGAAGAAAGAUGCUGCUGCUUCUGCUGCACCUGCUGCGCCAGUAUCUCAAACCCAGGAAGAUGACUUUGACUUGGAGAAAUUCAUAAACGAUUUGACCAAAGAGGAAACAAAAUAG